GCUACCGCAUUACUGUAAGGCAAAAUUUAAGCGCAAAGAAAGAAUUGACUAAUCUUGGACGUUGAGGGCAGUGUGCUGUGAAAGUGAAGGCGUCAUGAUGGUGCGCGCUCGUGUACUAUUACUACAUGUAACUUGUAAGUUGUAGUAGUUGUAUUACGUACUCGCUGAUUUUAUCAGUGAAGUUGAGUAAUAAUUUUCUUUCAUUUGUGCAAUGGAACUAGCAAUGUAGCAAUUGACCAGUGUAAUGAUCUACUUUACGGGUUUUGUUUCUCGAAGAAAAAGGAAGACUGUGUACUGAUUGUUGGGAGACAGAAGUGAAACGUUCGUGAUGUCAUCAUCCAAAACUUGCAAGAAUAUCAGCAGCCCCAUGCAGAAUAGACAGGAGAAACAAGGAACUAGACCGAGUGGACAAAAUGUUGCACACUUUGAGGAACCAAAAGUCACAACCAAAGAACCACCUCAGGUUUAUAGGUUUCAGAAAUUCUUCAGGAAAGCACAAACUAAACGGCGCAAGCUACAUGCCAACCACUGUCCCAUGGAUCAGGCCAACAUCUUGUCGACUAUCUGGUUUUGUUGGCUUACUCCAGUGUUCUACAAGGCAUGGAAGGGAACUCUGAGCAAAGAAGAUCUUUUCAGUUGCUCGCCUUAUGACAGUGCAAAAAUCAACUGUGACAGGUUGGAGCGGUUAUGGCAGAACGAGUUGAAACAUCGAGGACCAGAGAAAGCAUCUUUAGCCCGAGUUUAUUUCUGGUUUCUUGUCAAGCGCAGUAUCUUCAGCUGUUUGAGUUCUUUCAUUGCAAUUAUGGCAAACUGUGUUUCUUCAGCUGUGCUUGUUCGCCUAUUGUUAGAGUACUGCCAACAGCAAACAUCCAAUCUAGGUUAUGGUCUAAUGCUAGCUGGGCUAAUGGUUCUAUGCCAAGUCAUGCUAGUUACAUUCAUGAGCUUUGGUUGGUACAUGAACAUACGAACUGGUGGUCGUGUCAGGGCUGCUACUGUCUGUUUGAUUUAUCAGAAGACAAUUGGGCUACGUACCUUGAAGGGACUAUCUAUUGGAGAGAUUGUGAAUCUUUGUGCCAACGAUGGCCAACGCUUGUUUGACAUGCUGUUGUAUUUACCACAUGCCUUAGCUGGUCCCCUGCUAGCAGCUGUGGCUCUGAUAUACACAGUUUAUCUCAUUGGACCAGCAGCUCUCUUGGGAACCGGUGUCUUCAUCAUUUUCUAUCCUCUACAGGGCGUAUUUUCGAAGAUCACUGCUCAUUACCGCCAGCAUGCCAUCACUGUGACAGACCUUCGUGUCCGUUUAAUGUCCGAGAUUAUCAACUGUAUCAAGCUCAUCAAGAUGUACGCUUGGGAGGAGUCCUUCGAAGCUAACAUUGGGGACAUUCGUCAGAGGGAGCAAGGUUGGUUGGAGAAAGCUGGUUUCUUCCAGUCUUUUUGUCAGUCACUGACGACCUUUGUACCCAUCCUUUCCUCCAUCUUGACCCUGUCCCUGCACACACUGCUUGGACAUAACAUCACUGCUGCUCAGGCCUUCUCCUACAUUGCGAUCUUGAAUGCCAUCCGCUUCAUGAUUAUUGCCACUCCAUUAGCCAUCAAAUCCUUGACAGAAACAUUUGUGGCCUUUCCAAGAAUCAAGUCGCUCCUACUAAUGGAUGACUUGAAAGAAUUCCAUGACAAACCUAGUGACCCCAACCUGGCACUCAGCCUGAGAGGUGCCACCUUUGCUUGGGAUAAAGAAGAACCCACUGGUACCCCUGAUGUUCUCCAAGAAGACAUUCAAGAUACACAAGCGGGUAGCCCAGAGGAUGAAGUGAAUCAGGAGACGGGGCUUCAUGAUCAAGCCAAUGAACGGCCUGAGAUGGAUCCACUGAUCCACCAUGAUUCUACCGUCACUGAGACUUUGUUUGAUAUCAACUUGGAUGUAUGGAAGGGUCAAUUGUUGGGGAUCUGUGGUAGCAUUGGAAGUGGUAAAAGUUCCUUCCUACAGUCCGUCUUGAGUCGUAUGAUCCUCAUAGAUGGCAAAGUGGCAGUAGACGGCUCCUUUGCAUACGUAUCCCAGCAGGCGUGCAUCAUGAAUGUCACCCUACGUGAGAACAUCCUGAUGGGGGCAGAGUUUAACCAGGAGCGGUAUGAUCAAGCCAUCAAUGCCUGUGCCUUACAGGAUGACAUAGAAAUCCUACCAGAUGGAGAUGAAACUGAAAUCGGGGAGCGAGGUAUCAACAUCAGCGGUGGGCAAAAGCAGAGAGUUAGCCUAGCAAGAGCAGUGUACUCUGAUAAGGAGAUAUAUCUCUUAGAUGAUCCGCUGUCUGCAGUAGAUACACAUGUGGGCAAGCACAUCUUCUCAGAAUGUAUCGAGGGUGCCCUGAAGGGCAAGACAAUUCUAUUUGUGACCCAUCAACUUCAGUAUCUGAAGUGUUGUGAUCGCAUCAUCCUUAUGAAAGAUGGACGUAUAGUUGAAGACGGGACACACAAUAAGUUGAUGGAGAGCGGCAAUGAGUACUGCAGUCUCAUCAAGACAUUUCACAGUGACGAUGCAGAUGAAGAUGUUAGAGAUAAUCCCAAAGAAGGAAGUUCUAGUCAUGUCUCCAUUGCUGAAAUUAAUACAAAUGAUGCUGACGAGCCCAUAUCAAGCAACAAGGCAAGUGUUUGCUCGCAUACUGAAGAAACAAUAGACGACAGCAGCAUUGAUGAUGAAGAAAGUAAGGAUUCCAGUGAACCAAUGUCAGACCUAAGACAAGACAAUGACAGUCAAGGAAAUGCUGAUAGCAUAGGUCAUGCCAUCACUGGCAGAAGUAAUUGUCAUGGUGAUCCAAGUUCCUUGGUAAAAAGCAGUCCUGAUGAUCACAGUCAAACUAGUCAUGAUUCAUCUUCGUUAAAAAUCAUGAUUGUAGUCCCAGAUGACGUCACCAAUGAAUCUCCAGGAAUCAGAAGUAACAGCCAAGACUUUGAGCCAAACUUGGAUAAAUCCAAUAGCCUCAAUCACAUCACUGAAGAUGAUGGUAAGCAUCUUGAUGAGGCAUCAGCAAGCAUCAAGGAUGCAGUUGCUAAAGAAGUGGUGAGUGAUAAAGAGGAUGAUUCCGAUGAGAAGAUGGAGGACUGUGAACAGAAUGACCAAUGUGUCAGUCGUGAAUCCUCACCUGUCAAGAAGAAUGUUGCCCUUCCUAUGGACUUGCUUCAAGUCCUCUCAGCUGAUUCAGGGAGUAUGGGCGGGGGUGUACAGUCGGAAGAAACCAUCUUCUACAGUGGCAAGUUGAUAGAAGAGGAAGAACUAGGGGAACGGGGUAUCACCAUAGAAACCAUCAAUAGUUACAUCCAAUCAGCGGGUGGUUUCCUGGUUACAGUUGGUGUGCUUUUCUGCUAUGCCGUAUCUGUUGGUUUCACUGUGUUUUCUAGUUGGUGGUUAAGCCAUUGGCUGAAUAAUGGAAGUGGGAAUACAACCAUUACGGUGGAUAAUGUGACUGUGAUAAGUGACAGUAUAACAGAUAAUCCCAGACUACGGAUAUAUCAACUAGUGUACGGCUUGUCAGCGGCUGCAUCCCUGUCUGUGAUAGCAUUCCGUUGCUUUGUUUAUGCGAAAAUGACACUUCGAGCCUCUUCCAACCUCCACAAGAAUGUCUUCCAGAAAGUCAUGCAUAGCCCGAUGAGUUUCUUUGAUACAACUCCCCUUGGCCGAAUUCUGAAUCGCUUCUCCAAAGACCUGGAUGAGUUGGACAUUACCCUUCCCUACACCAUCAAUCCUCUGGUCAACAACACUUUUUUGAUCGUCUUCAGCAUGGUAACGGUCACCUUUGUUUUUCCACACCUUCUUGCUGGCCUGGUCAUCAUCUUCAUUGUGUUCUCCUUUUUGAAUUUCUUCUUUCGACAUGGCCUUCGUGAGCUCAAGAAGUUUGAUAAUCUAGCUCGCUCGCCAUGGUUCUCACACAUCAUGACCACUGUUCAGAGUCUGCCUACAAUUCAUGCAUAUAGGAAGCAAAAGGAGUUCACACAGAGAUUCCAUGUCCAGCUGGAUGAUAGCACCAACAUAAUGAUUCUCUUCUAUUUGGCCAACCGAUGGCUUGCCAUUCGCUUUGAUUUUAUCACCAUUCUUCUGACUGGAGGCACAGCAUUGCUGGUGGUGUUAACACAUGGAUCAAUUCCGGCAGCUACUGCAGGACUGGCCAUUAUCUAUGCCAAUCAGUUGCUUGGUAUAUCACAGCACACUGUGCGACUGGCUGCUGAAGCCAAUGCAAGAUUCACCUCAGUAGAACGGAUCAAUUACUACAUCCAGAAUUUACAGCAGGAAGCACCACGGACGAUCAAACACACAAAGCCCCCUUCAACCUGGCCAUCAGAGGGUAGGAUUACGCUCAAGAAUCUGAAGAUGCGUUAUCGUCAGCAUCUUCCUCUGGUCUUGAGAGGACUCAGUUUUGAGAUCAGACCCAAGGAGAAAGUCGGAAUUGUUGGUCGAACAGGUUCUGGCAAAUCCUCCUUGGGUGUUGCUCUGUAUCGUUUGGUUGAGAAAACCCAUGGUAGCAUCAUGAUUGAUGGCAUAGACAUCAAUCAGAUCGGCUUGUAUGACCUUCGCUCCAAGCUCUCCAUUAUUCCACAGGAUCCAGUCUUGUUUAUUGGAACCAUCAGAUACAACUUGGAUCCAACAAACCAGUUUACUGAUGACGAAGUAUGGAAGGCCCUGGAGAAAACCUACAUGAAAGAAACGAUAAGUGGUCUAGAUCAGCAACUUCAGGCACCUGUCAUCGAAAAUGGAGAAAACUUCUCAGUUGGAGAGAGGCAACUAUUGUGCAUGGCCAGAGCUCUGCUUAGAAACAGCAAGAUUUUAAUCUUAGAUGAAGCCACAGCUGCUAUUGACACAGAAACAGAUAGCUUAGUUCAACAAACUAUCCGACAAGCAUUCACCCAGUGCACUAUACUGACCAUUGCCCAUCGUCUGAAUACCAUUCUGGACUCUGACAGGAUUCUGGUGCUGAGUGAUGGAAGGGUUCUGGAAUUUGACUCGCCAUCCAAGUUACUGGCUGAUCCGUCGUCAUAUUUUACCGCAAUGAUGUCAGCUAUGGGUGAUCAGACGCACUAGAAUAUGCUAGCCAACUGAAAAUAGACUAGACAUCAGAUUAGACGGACUUCCUUCUUUAAAUAUGAUGAUAUACAAUACAGCCUUUAUUACAGUGUCCUUACCCCAAAUCCUGUCUCUUUAGUGGUUUAUAUUUAAUUUUUGUAUUUCAACCAAAACUAACAGCGAACUAAUUGCCUUUUAUGAAUUAGGUGUCACAAAAGCAAUUACAAAUGGCCUUACAAAUAACUUCAAAAACAAUUUUUAAAAAUUAAAAAAAUUACUUCUAAAAAAUUAAAUGAGCUCUUAAAAAAACAAAAAUGAAUAUCGUCGUCAUUUUCUUCGUUUUAAUUUUGAUAAGUAUAAUCAGGAUAUGAUCAGUAGCAUAAGUACCGUGAAAUUUCUGAGGAAUAACCAAGGGGGGCUGUAACCCCCUUGUUUAGGAGGCACUAAAAAAUAUAACUUAACUGUGGCUUUGCAAAUAUGUACAAAGGUGUCUACUUUUGAGAUUUCAAAUGGGGAGGGGGGGGCAGAUCCUCCUUUAUUUAUGCCACUGGUCACAGGGAACCAUUUUAGCCAGGACCAUUUCAAAGGCUAUGCUAAUUAUACCGUUACUGGGGUUGUUUAUACAAGUUCAUUGGUGGCAUAUGUAGUAACGAUCUCAUUAAGCUAUCUCAUCUAAAGCUCUACCAAUACUCUAGAAUUGCAUUUACUUUUCCCUCAUGAAAUGAAAUCCAUGUAGUACCAAACAGUAUUAUUCAACAUUAAUGACAUUUAGUUUGUUUCUGUUUUAUUAUCAGGGAUUAAAGUGUCUUUCUUGAAAUAUGUUCUUAAACAGGAUCGUAGCUUAGUUGCACAGUAGUUAUUAUUUGAUUAGUGGCAAUGUGUUUUUUCAUACCUUGAAAAAGUUUUUUGUUUAUGAGAAGCAUUCAUUCCUACAAACAACUCAAAUGAAAAUAAAUUAUUCUGUUUGUCUGUUUCUUUAACUGAAAAAGAGGACACGUAGGCCCUAUUCUACCAGUAUUUAUACACUUUUGAAAUGGUAAAAAGGGUCAAUUUGGAAGCAUAAACGUUUUACCAAAUGUGCUAAGUGUUGAAAGAAGUAUACUGUUUUGAUAAUUAAAAUAAUACUCCAGACACUGUGUGGUAUAGUCUUUGUUUUAAUCAGUAUUAAAGAAGUUAAUAUGUGUAAUACUUUGCAGUUGUCAACGUUCAUUCCUCUUCAUGGUAAAUCAGAUAUUUUAAGUAAAUCACGGCAAAGCAUAAAUUAAAUAAAUUUGAACGACAGUAUAA